AUAAUGUUGGGCUGAAAUUAUCCGUAACUUAUCAAGGUCAUUGGUGGCGUGAGACGCUUAAAGGUCAAUUUCGUCCAUGUUAGUCGGCCAUGUUGGAUUGCAGUUCCGUAGCUGUUCGUGUACGCGUUUGCUGUUUCACUUAUCCUGCCGUUAUACACGACUCAUCUUGUUGCGUAUUGUUCACAAAUGUUGCGUUUCACCUCACUUUUUGUUUCCGUUGCUGUUAAAAUGAAUUAUUUCUGUGGUUUCGAAAGUUUUCACUACCAGUGUUUUAGUUGGUUUUCAGCUGUUAAUGAAUUGGUACUGUGUAGAAGUUUUGGAAAUCAUGCACAUGAAGAUGUUUGGCUGGCAGAAGCAGUUGUUUCCAGUCCAUUAGUUGGUUGCCGUUAUUAUUGUUGCUUACAUAACAUGUAGAAAUCUGGAAAAAAGUGUCUUUCUCGUUCAUGUUUGCAGCAUGCAAAUAUCUGCGAGUGAAUCUGAUAAAGAGAACACCAUCAGAGUUGAUAUUAGCAAGGUUUUCGAAGAACAAAUUAAACCUAGAGAAUUUAGAACCUGGGUUGAAGUUGAAAAAGCUUUGAAGCUUUUUGAGAAUGUGAAUAUACCAUCAGUGUGUCUGCUAUCAUUUAAAAAAAUAUAUUGUGAGAGAAUCUAAGCCAAAUAAGGUUGAGCCGCAUGAAAAGUAUGAAUCUGUUGUGCUUGUGUAUAUUUUGGGGGAACUAAAAGAACCUGGAAUCCUUAAGGAUCGCAAUAAAUGAACUAGGACUACCCGUAAUAGAGCCAGUGUUAACAUCCAUUCGAUGGGUUGCAAAACGGUUUUCAAAGCGGAUAAAAUACGGUGAUCUGGUGAGUGUACAAACAAUCCCAGUUAAAGGUAAGACAUUAAUUAGGAAGAAUAACGUUUCGGGUUGUAGUCUACGAUUGGUGGUUUCCUCGAAGUUGUGAUUCUUCCGUGACUAUAGACACAGAUGUUCACGAUCUUAAAAAAAACUAAAUAAAUUAUCCUUGAACCAGUA